AUUUUCAAUUUCUCUCUCUAUAAAGAAAAGAGAAAAAAAAGAAAAAGACUUGUGCACUUCCCACGCAGGGGAGGCAAACUCCUCGUGAGUGUCUCCAUUUUCAAUCAGUUUUAUAAAUACCCACUUGAUCAAAUAAUCAAAUCAAAUCAUGGAUGACACCGAGAUGAUUUGGGAAGACGGAUCGUCGGAGGCGGUUGCCGGCGGCGGCGGCGGAGGAGGGGGAAGAAGAAAGCCGUCGUGGAGAGAAAGAGAGAAUAAUAAGAGAAGAGAAAGGAGAAGAAGAGCUAUAGCUGCAAAGAUAUAUUCUGGUCUUAGAGCUCAAGCUAAUUUCAAUCUUCCUAAACAUUGUGAUAAUAAUGAAGUUCUUAAAGCUCUUUGUAAACAAGCUGGUUGGAUUGUUGAAUCUGAUGGCACAACUUAUAGACAGGGUUGCAAACCACCACCACCGGCGAUUGAAAUGGGAGGAUAUUCAGCAAACAUGACACCAUCAUCAUCCCAAUUUCCAAGUCCACAUUCAUCAUCAUUUCCAAGUCCAAUUCCAUCAUACCAACCAAGUCCAUCAUCAUCAUCUUUCCCAAGUCCAUCUCGUCAAGAUCCAAACCCACAACCACCACCACAAUCAUCCACCACCACCAUGUUCGCCUUCCUCCGCAACUCAAUUCCAUCAUCUCUCCCCCCACUUCGCAUCUCAAACAGUUGUCCCGUUACACCACCACCAUCAUCUCCAACUCACCGACAACAACAACAAACCAGACAAAAACUACUCGAUUGGGAUUCAAUCGCCAAACAAUCAUUUAACUACCCAUUCUCUGCCGUUUCUGCCCCCGCAAGUCCUACUCGUUGUCGCCGGUUCUUCACUCCGGCAACCAUUAUUCCAGAAUGCGAUGAAUCUGAUACAUCUACUGUUGAAUCAGGACAAUGGAUGAGUUUUCAGAGUUUUGGACAGGUGGGUAUGGUUCCUAAUUCACCUACUUUUAAUCUCAUCAGGCCUGCUCAUGUUGUUCCUACACAACCCAUUUUUCCGGCGACGGCGGCGACGGCGGUUGUGGAUAAGGGUAAAGGGAUUGAAUUUGAGUUUGAGGGUAUUACUGUGAAGGCGCCAUGGGAAGGGGAAAAGAUUCAUGAUGUUGGAAUGGAUGAUUUGGAGCUCACUUUGGGAAAUGGGAAAGGCAGAAUUUAAUUCAGUACAGGGUUUUUAAUUUUUAUAAAUAAAUUAUUAUUUUUAUUAUUAUUAUUAUUAUUUUGGCCUGAAUUGUUGAAUGCUUUUGGUAUAAAGCUGAUGGAUUUAAAAAAAAAGUUUGGUAACUUGUUACUUUAUAUAAAUAAAUAUAUUAUAGAGUUUGUUUAGAU